GAAAGAUUCAAGAUGAACGCCUUAACAUUGGUCUGUGUUGUCCUGUGCCUCGCCUCCUGCUUUGCUGCCAGAUCAUACAAUCGAGGAAACAGACAAGGUAGUCAACGACCAGUGGACCCUUUACCCCCCUUUCCUAUUGGCCCUGAUCCUUCACUCUUGACGUGUGAGUUCGGGCGUCUGAUUGGUCAAUCAAGGUUGUGUCAAUCCUCUUUCUUUCCUAAUACUCCCAGCCAGUGUCCUAGAGGAUUUUUUUGCAAUACCCCUGCUGAUGGAAGUGGCCUUUGCUGUCUAAAUACUAAUCCAUGCCGUAGAGGGCGUCCUUUCCAGUCCAACGGUGAUGCUCUUACCUGUGGAGGGAGGCGUGGCAUCCGAUGCCCUGCUAGUUACACCUGUACAAGGGGAAACAGAUUCGCUGUGUGUUGUCCAUUAUCAAGCGGCGGGGGCUAUAAAGAAAUGAUCAAAAUGAUCUUUUAUUUGUGUAGCGUACUUUUCUCUGUCUCUUCCAUUCAAGCAGCUAUCAAUUACGGUCCCGGUUAUCGCCCAGUAAGACGAAGGCCAGCUGAGCCACUUCCUACUGAUCAGCCUGGUCCAAUCCACCCCAUACCUUUUCCUGAUGGUUAUGGCUCACGUACGAAUUGUGAAUUCGGUCGUCAGCUAGAUCAGUACGGUCUAUGUCUAAAAUUGACCUUCUCUAACGUACCCAAUGACUGUGCACCAGGGUUUAGCUGCACCACUUCUAUCUAUGGAUUUGGCCAGUGUUGUUUAGAUAAUAAUCCAUGUUCCAGAGGAAAUCCAUUCCAACAAAGUGGCAAUGUUGUAUCAUGUCACACACAAAGCUGCCCUGCUGGGUACAGCUGCACCCGGGGAAACAAAUUCGCUGUGUGUUGUCCAGAGUCAGAUGUCGAUCCUCAACCUCCCUCCAGACUUAGACCGUGCCCUCACAUUGCCUGCCCGGCGCUAUCUAUCAGACCAGAUUGUCGGAGGGAAACUGUACUCACGUAUCAAGGAUACAAGUGCCUGGGUUGUACUCAAAACAGAUGCCCAAAUGUCGGUGGACAUUACUAGUAUUAUGAUUUUUUAUUUCACAUGAGCUGAAAGCUUAACUGAGCUUUUCUGAUCAAAUUUUGUCCGGCGUCCGUCUGUCCGUCCAUCCGUUUGUCUGUAAACUUUUCACAUUAUCGAGUUCUUCUCCAGAACCACUGGUUCAAUUUCAACCAAACUUUGCAUAAAGUAUUCUUAAGUAAAGGGAAUUUAAUUUUAUUCAAAUGAAGGGCCACGUCCUCAUUCAAGGGGAGAUAAUUAAGAAUCAGUGAAAAUUUGGUGGCAUCUUUUUUUAAAACUCUUCUUUUCAAGAAUCGCUGGGCCAGAAAAGUUGAAUCUUAAGUGAAACCUUCAUUACAUAGUGUAGAUUCAAAUUUAUUCAAAUCAUGACCCCCGGGAAUAUGUUGGGGCACAACGGGGGAUCAAAGUUUUAAAUAGGAAUAUAGAGGAAAAGGAUCUUUAAAAUCUUCUAAAGAACAACAAAAUCAUAAUAUCCAUAUUGAUAAGGAAGCAUCCCCAGGUAGUGUAAAUUCAAUUUUUUUUUUCAAAUCAUGACCCUUGGGGGUAGGGUGGGGCUACAAUGGGGAUUCAAUUUUUUUUUUACGUAGGAAUAUAAGGUAAAAAAAACUUUAAAAAUCUUCGAAAAAUCAGCAAAACCAUGAUUAGUCAUAUUGAUAUGGAAACAUUAUCAGGAAGUGUAGAUGCAAGUUUGUUUUAAUCAUGACCACCAGGGGUAGGGCAGGGCUAUACUGGGGAUCAAAGUUAUACAUAGGAGUAUAAGAAAAACUCUUUAAAAUCCUUUUCAAAAGAACAGUGAAGACAUGAUUAGUCAUAUUGAUAUGGGAAGCAUCCACAGGUAGAGUAGAUUCAAAUUUGUUCAAAUCAUGACCACCGGGGGUAGGAUAGGGUCACUACGUGGGAUCAAAGUUUUACACAGAAAUAUAUAAGAAAAAAUCAUUAAAAAAUCUUCUCAGAACACCAAAGCCAUGAUUAGUUAUACUGAUAUGGACGCCUCCUCAGGUAGUGUAAAUUCAAGUUUGUUCAAAUCAUGACCCCUAGGGGUAGGAUUGGGCCACAUCUUUAAAAAUCUUCUCAAGAUCACCACAGCCUUGAUUAGUAAUAUUGAUAUGGGAAGCAUCCUUAGAUAGUUUAGAUUCAAGUUUGUUCAAACCUGAGAUAGGGUGGGGCAACAACAGGGGAUCAAAGCCUUACAUAGGAAUUUUCAGGAGAAAAAAAUUUCUGAUGAACAGCAGGGCCAUAUUAACUCUGGUGAGCGAUGUGGCCCAUGGGCCUUUUGUUUUUGUUUUUCCAAGGAUAGUUUUCCUUUAUUUAUAUUUUGUCAGUUUUCUGAACUGUAAUAAAUAUUUUUUUUUUAA